AUGGAGUCGGAUGGCCGUAUAAAAGCCUAUAAAUUUGUUGCAUAUUCUGCUGUAUCAUUUUCCAUUGUCGCAGUAUUAUCUGUCGUCAUAUCGUUACCGAUGGUUUAUAAUUAUGUGGCACAUGUAAGACGACAAAUGCAUCAUGAAAUUAAUUAUUGCAAGGAACUUGUCAAUCAGGACAAUUUAAGGUGA